GAGAAGAAAAGAGAGAGAAAAGGGUUUUGUUUCAAUUGGGGGGCUCUAAAUUCUAUUGAAUUUGGACUCACCCGUCAUCGCCAAUUGUAGUAGUAUUGUAUGCCUAAUCCCCCCAAGUGUUAGUGUUAGGGGGACCCUCCCCAAUCAUACGCCGAUCUCUCUCCCUCUCUCUCUUUCUCUCUCACACGAAGCAGAAGAAGAAGAAUCUCCACGACAUCAAGAAAUUACUAUAAACAGAAAAAAAAGAAUCAGCCCGCCAUCGUUUUUACUCGUACGAAGCCUCAAAUCUUUACCGGUAAUUCCGUGCCGAUCCCUUCCUGGCAAUUGCCUUCUGGUUGUUUCUUUUCCGAUGAUUGAAACAAGGGUAGUAUAACCGUUUUUUUUCUCAGGGGAUAAUUCGACUGUGCAAUUUUAUUUAUGGCGGGGAAUGGAAAAUUUGACCUGGACUCGAGUACUGUAGAGCCUGGGUUCACUGGUAGCUAUAAAGGGAACCAUUCUGGCCCUACUUUGGAUAGGCCUGGAAGCUUUCGAGAAGGUGGUGAGAGUCGAUCAUUCCCAUCUGGAAACAAUACAUUUCGGUCAAGUAGGCAACAUAUAGGUGGCUCGUCCACUUCACUUCAAGGUCUGAUGCUCGAACCGAUGCCAAUGGAAGACCUUAAAAAGAACUCAUGUUCAGGUGAAUUAACGAGGGUUCUGAAUCUUGCUGGACUUGCCUCUGAAGAGAGUUCCCUUGUACCUGCUCAUUCUAGGCCUAUACGUUCUGCAGCUGUGGAGGCUCUGAAGCAGAGCAAAGUAACUUUUUCUGAGAUUAACAGCAAAGCUAGGGUUAGAGUAAAAAGGCUUAACGAGAACUUGCAUAAGUUGGAUAAGAUCUCUGAAGCUCCUAACACUAGGAAGCAGCAAAGGACUGAGCUGUCUACAAACGAACGAUCAAUUGGAUCAAACUUGAAGAUUGGUGCUCAGAUUAAUCGAAACUCUCUAGUAGACGACCGGGCUAAGAAUGGUGUUCUUAAUAAGCGAGUUCGCACGUCAAUGGCGGAAACCCAGACAGAAGCCCGUAGUAAUGGCAUAUCAAGACAGCCAAUGGCUGCGACAAAAAACCUGGACUUGCUUAAGGAUAGUGUUUCCCAACCUGAUACAGAAGAAAAGAUUAGGCCACUACCUGCUGGAGGAGAAGGUUGGCACCAAAAAAUGAGAAGAAAACGUUCAGUAAGCAAGGUUUUAACGAGAUCAUUGGAUAUCAAUGGAGAUCCGAAACGAUCUAUGCAUAAAAGUUUUUGCAAUGAAGGAGGUGGUUCACAAGGAAAUGGCUCCUUAAGAUCUGGUUUUUUUAAUGGUAACAGUGGCAGUCCUAAGAAGGGUAUCAUUUCUUCACCUGUAAUCUUGAAUACCUCUGCUGCUAUGCCCAAGCAUGAACAGGACACAGAUAAACUAAUAGUAAAAGGAAACAUUAUACGUGAGGAGAACCGCAUUGGCAAUACUAUCCCAGUAACGAAAACAAAGGCUUCAAGGGCUCCACGAGGUGGCCCUUCAGCAGCUGUAAGUAUAUCAACAAAUAUAAUUAGGUCUGGAGCACCUGAGAUCUGCAAGCAAUCCGCAAAUCUAAACAAGAUCCACACGUCAAGUGGGAGUAACAACAAAAAACGUUCUAUUCCCUCAGGAUCAACCUCAUCCAUGACUCAGUGGGGCGGACAGAGACCACAGAAGAUUUCUCGCACUCGACGGACUAAUGUAGUAUCCCCUGUUUCAAACCCUGAUGACACACAAGUAUCAGCUGAUGGUUAUUCACCUUCAAAUUUUGAAGCUAGAAUUAAUUCCAGUCGAGGCUUCAGAGAUGGGGCUAAUGGUAAACAUCAUCUCAAGAUGAAAGUAGAAAAUGCUUCUUCUCCUGCUAGAUUUUCUGAGGGUGAAGAAUCUGGUGCGGGGGGAAACAGAAUGAAAGAAAAAGGUACUUGUAUCAGUGGCAUAAAGGAAAAAGCAGGAACUACUUUCCCAAGUUUUGGGACUCUCACAAUGUUGGCAAAGAAAAAUAAAUCACCAAUAGAAGACAUUGGUGAUUGCGUACCGAGGCAAGGGAGGAAUGGGAGGGGCUCUCCGUUUUCCAAUUCUAGCACUUCACCAAUGAGAGAUAAGAUGGAGAAUGCUGCCACAGCUAAUCCCCUUAGAAGUGCACGGCCAAAUUCUGAUAAGAAUGGAAGUAAGACUGGACGCCCUCCAAAAAAACCAGUGGAUCGUAAAGGCCUUUACCGUAAAGGACAUAUUCCAAAUGGCGAUUCUCCAGAUAUCACUGGGGAAUCAGAUGAUGAUCAUGAAGAACUCUUAACAUCUGCUAGUUUUGCUAGUAACCCCAGUUAUCUUGUUGGUUCCAAUGCAUUCUGGAAGUAUAUGGAAAUAGGUUUUGCUCCAGUUAGCUCACAGGACAGUUCUUACUUGGCUCAACAGUUACAAGUUGAAGAAAAACUUAAUAAAAGUCUGCCUCAAAUGACUGGCCAUGACAGUAAUUAUUUGGAUGAUACAUAUGUGCCUGCUGCCUUUGUUUCUGGAGCAGUGGAAACUGAUGGAGUUAAACAAAAGGAGGAAGUCAACUCUAUUGGCUCAGUUGACUGGCUUAAAUUUAAAACUCCUCCUGAAAGAUCAGGCUCGGAAAAGGGAUCAAACAAACACACUCCAUUGUAUCAAAGGGUUUUAUCAGCUCUCAUUGCAGAAGAUGAAAUUGAAGAAAUUGAAGAAGGUGGUACAGAAAGAAAUGCUUUUUCCCAGUAUGCUGCACAUAGUCUAUCCUGUAAUGAACCUAGUAGGACAGAUGGAAAAGAAGGAAGAUAUCAGUUGCAUUUUGGUACUGAAAUGGAGAAACAAUCUGCAGCAAGCAUGUAUUUUUCCUAUGAUGGUGUUAAUGGUUCAGUGGGCCAGAAUCUUCCAUGCAGUGUGGACAAGUCGCAGGAGAAAAUUGGGUUUUCACGUGAAGUUGGGGGUUUAACUGGGUUUUGCAAAAAUUCUCUUGGCGGGUCCCCUUUUGCUCAUUCAAAUGGGUUUGGACAUUCUUACUCUGAUAAUGAAUACGAGCAGUUGUGCAUAGAAGACAAGAUUUUGCUGGAACUGCAUAAUGUUGGAAUAUAUCCAGAAACAGUGCCUGAUUUAGAUGACCAUGAUGAUGCAAGUAUCGUCGAAGAAACUAUUCAAUUCACCGAGGACUGUUAUAGGCAACAGGUUGUCACAACAAAAGAAUCCUUGGACAUACUAUAUGGGGCAGUUCUGCGAGGGAAAGAAGAGGAGAAGGGGGCACUUGAGCAAGUUGCAAUGGACAGACUCGUGGAGUUGGGGUACAAAAAACUCCAGGCUAGUGAAGGAAGCAAUGCGUCUAAAUCUGGGACCCCGAAGGUGUCUAAGCAUGUUGCUCUGGCUUUUGUCGAAAGGACUCUGGCUAGAUGCAGAGUAUUUGAAGAUUCAGGAGUAAGCUGCUUAAAUGAGAAACCGUUUCGGGAUGUUCUUUUUGCUGAACCUACUACUCCAUAUGAUGAGACUGAACCCGCCAACACUUUUGUCUCUACUCGCAGAUAUGCUGAACAACACGGUUCUAGUGGUAAUCUCAAUGGCGUGUCAUCAGAUUUAUUUGGGACAUCUCAGAAACCUGACAAGGGCUUAUCAAUUGGUGUACCAAAUCAACAUAGAGGGAAGAAGAGGGACAUACCGCUUGAUGAUGUCAGUGGUGGUGGUGGUGCUUCUGCUUUUGGAGCCAAGAGAAAAAGAAAUGAGAAGGAAACGUCUAAUGGAUUUGCUACGUCGAAAAAUGACCAUUUGAGUACCUGUAGUAAUGGAGAUGUCAAAACAAAAACAAAUCCCAAGCAGAAGACAACAAGGCAGCUGUCCUCAGCUGGAAAUGCAUUUGUUAAUAAUAAGUCGACAGAAACCAACCGGAAAAAAGAGGGUGGCCGCAAUAAUAAUCUUGAAAAAUCAUCAGCAGCAGCAACAAAAGCUGUUGAAGAAGAAGAAGAACCGUUGGAUCUGGCAAACUUUCCACUCCCAGAAAUGGACACAAUAGACGAGCUGGGUGCAGGGGGGAUAGAUAUGGGUGGUGGUGGGCAGCAAGAUUUGGCUUCAUGGCUGAAUUUUGAUGAUACUGGCUUACAAGAAGAAGACCAAGACUUUUCCAUGGAGGGACUUCAAAUACCUAUGGAUGAUAUUGCUGGUUUGAAUAUGUUUUGAUCGCCUGCUGAAUGUGUAAAUUCUUGCUAGUUACUUUUUUUUUUGGUUCAGAAAAGCUUUUUAUUCUACUUGUUUAGGAGAAAUUGUCCAGUCUUCUCAUUUCACCAGAAAAAUGCCAAAUGGCAUUAUUUGUAAUUAUUUUAAUUUCUUUAAUGUAUUUUUCUUCUUUUAUACAGUUCUACAGAUAAAAGAAAAAAAUUUAUUUACUAUUGAUUUUACUGUUUAAGAAUUUCCUCAAUGAAUCACAGCUAGCUGCUUAAGGGGAAAUGGAGGGGCUUUAUCCUAUUAUUAUUGUUACCA